AAGGGAUCCUUCAGACAGAGCGUCAGUUUUAUAUUCAUAUCGGUCACAAGGAGAAGAAAAGGAAGCAAGCGCUGCUCUGCAAAGAUUGAGAGGAGCAGUUUUCCUGAUUAAUGCAGGCCGAGGAGAAUCGUUUCUCUUUUUUUUCUCAGGAUGAAAUCUCGCUGCACAGUAAAGUACACAAAAGGGUAAUGAUAUGUUACAGCUUGGUGACUCAAGCUUGGGUCGAUGAAAUCUCGCUGCAAAGUACACUACGCAAAAGUUUUUCAAAGGGUGGCAAAGAUCUUCCAGCGUCUUGUAUAUCCAUACCACUCUUCGCUCGCUGCUCGUAGCACCUACUCAUUCACUCUCUGCAGGCGGCAGUGAUUGAUGGUGUUGCAUCAGCACCACCCGCUGUACGUAAGCUUCCGCUCUCGAUUUCUUUUUCCUGCUACUGCUCCUGCCUUUGGACCGUGCAAUGCAUCGGACUUACGACGCUGGCCCCAGAAACAAAACCGUCUCUUUUUCUUCCUGUUUUUUUUUCUCUCUUCUUCCUCUUCCUGGUCCCAGUGAACGUGCUGUAGGCAGGCGGGAUUUUGUUUUUGUCGCAGUGGCCAGGCUCUGGUGAUUGAGGGAGAGUUUACUUCCAUAUCCUCGCAUAGGAGUAUGCGUUAUAAAUUCCGAGAGCAGUCUUGCUCUGUGAGACACCGACGGUGACGUUGCUUGGAUCUGCAGGAACAGCGCUGCGAAAAAAUUAGCUUUACAAAAACGAAACCAUUGACUCCCAACAGUGAUCGUGAAAAAUCUAUACACGUGGGGCAAAGCUCGCCUUCCACUUGGCAUUUCUUAUCACAGCGCGUUUCAUGGCGGCGAAGAACGAGGAGGAAAAAGCCCGGCCUUCUUCCACCCCGAUCAGGUCCGUGUUACUCUACGCUUGCUACCUCGCCGCCAUCUUCUACGCCAGCGAUGGAUUCAUCCCCAUCCCAGAGCUCCAGUUCGCGGCAUUCGCGUCCUUCUACCUCUUCGUCCUCGCCAAGCUCGCGUUCCCUCCAGUCACAGCGACCCGGCCGCCGCAAGCUUACACCGGAUUCAAGCUCAAGAUCCUCAGGUACUACGUCUCGGUGGCAGCCGUCAUUGGCCUUGUUCUUCCUCUCAUCCUCCUGCUAGUCGGACUCUACCGCGGUGACCGGCACCUCUUUCGAUCGGUAGUGCCUCACACCGCGCUCCUCGUCUUCCAGAUCAUGUCCGAGAGGGUUGCCGGGAGCUCCGACGCGGUCUCCUUCCCCAUUCGAGCGUUCGUUCCCAUCUCGUAUAACGCGAGGAGGUUGUUCACCAUCUGGAGCUGGAUGAUCGUCGAGUUUGCGAGGCCCGGUGGCGGCGGCGGCUGGGAGCGCUUCGCAAAGUUUGUAGCGGUUGCCAACAUGGUGUUCUGGAGCUUCAACCUCUUUUGUUUCCUGCUUCCCUUGUUCCUGCCCCUGGCAAUGCGGAGUUACUACGAGCACGCGAUACGGAAAGAAAAACUAGAGACGCAGAGAAUCGACUAAAACUAGAUUGGACAAACUUACAGCAAACCCUCCGGGAUUUAUUCUCAACUGGCAGGGCUCCGUGAGACGAGAUCGAGAGAAUAAAAGCUUGAGUGUACCUCGUA